UAGGGGCCAAUGAGAUGAACUCGCAUUAUUUGAGCACAUCCCGCAGCAAUCCUCAGUUUUAUACAUUCUCGCAGCGCUUUGAGCGAGGCGCAAGCUGUGAUAGCUGCUGCAGCUUAGAUCCGCAGUGGAAGGAGCAGGUUCAACAAGCAGCCUGGCUGGAUUUCUGGCAACGUGAAGGGCACGACUUUCUCGAGCAGAAGUGGCAUGAACAGCACCCGGAAUACAAGCUGGAAAUUGAGUUAGCCACGCCCGAGGAGCGCACAGCUUGGCAAGAGCUGUGGGAGCGGCACGCCUGCGAUCAAAGCGCUCACUUCUGGCACAUAUUCAGCUGUGUCUGCGAGAACUACCAAAGGGACCUGUCCAAUGGAUUGCAAGGCGUUGAGCAAACGUUUGACGAGUUAAGUGAUAAUUUGUCGCAUUUAGAUAUUCAGCAAAGCGAGGACAGUGCAGUAAGUGCUGAAAGCGGCGGCGAGGAGGAGCAAUAUCUUACCGCCAACGACGAACCCGAGUUACUGGACGAGGAGCAGCAGCUGCGGCUGCUCGGCCUGCCCACGUCUUUUGGUGUGCGAGUUGUCAGAAAGCGACGCAAGCCAAGACAGCGGCCUGCCAGCGAAUCCGAGAGUGAUACCGAUCCAAAUUUGGUAAUCAUGCCUAAGGACGAGGUUAAGGACGAGCUGCUGCAUGGCGUACAAUCGCGCGUAAUUAAGAAAAAGAAAAAGAAGAAGCCACAGAAGAACUCGAAUAUCCCAGAGUUUAUGCGGGAUGACAUUUUGUUGCGUAAAUACUGGUUCAGGCGCUUUUCGCUCUUUUCUCGCUUCGAUCAGGGCAUACUGUUGGAUCGGGAGAGCUGGUUCUCCGUCACCCCGGAGAAGAUUGCCAAGCAGACGGCGCGGCGUCUGGCCGGCGAUGUGGUUGUGGACGCCUUUUGCGGCUGCGGCGGCAAUGCCAUACAAUUCGCCAACACCUGCAGCCGCGUGAUUGCCAUCGACAUUGAUGCAAACAAAUUAGCCAUGGCAAAGCAGAAUGCUUUCAUAUACGGCGUGGCGCACAAGAUUGAGUUUGUGCACGCGGACUUUUUGCAGUUUGCCAACAGCACACGGCUGCGACCCGACGUUGUGUUCCUCAGCCCGCCCUGGGGUGGGCCCGAUUAUCUAAAACAAGCCACAUUCGACAUUGAACAGCAUCUGCUGCCGCUGGGCGCCAGCCAGUUGAUGCAGCACGCGCGUCGUCUAACUGAGAAUAUUGGCUUCUUUUUGCCACGCAACUCGAACAUACAACAGGUGAUUGCACUCUCGCACCUAGGUGAGCAGUGCGAGGUGGAGCACAAUUAUCUGGACACGCGUCUGGUGGCAAUAACAGCCUACUACGGCGGGAGCCUAGUGAAGAGUUCACGGGCUGAGGAUAAUGAGGACUAAUUUUAAGCAUAAACUGCGAGUUGAUUUAUUAACACACUUCAUUUCA